AUGGACGGGUCUCCUGCCCUGCUCCUCCUGCUCGCUCUGGGACUCUGCUGCCCUGGGAUCCAUGGCCAUAAGAUGGCCAUCCUGGAGCCAUGGUAUGAGAUGAACGUCAGGUUUCGUGACAGCAUCACUCAAGUCCAGCUGGGACAGCGGCUGGAACUGGAGUGUCAGACUGACAAGGACAGUGACAUGUUCUGGGUCCGCCAGGACAGGAAUGGGACCCUUCACGUCAUUGUCUUGUUCUCUUCCCUAUCUGGGCCCACCUUUGAGGGGAAUCAGAGAACAUCCACACGCUUCGAGGCCAGCAGAGACAACAGGUUCUAUCGGCUGGUAGUGAAGUCUUUCACACAGCAGGACGAGGGGAUUUAUUUCUGCCUCAUGAACAUCAACCGAAUGUUGUACUUCAGCAACGGCCAGCCUGCCUUUCUACCAGUCACCACCACACUGGCACCCAGCACACCAGGACCCACCACCCAGCAUGGCAUCACUGAAAAGGACCCCUGCAUCAAGACCUUGGCUCCAGAGACAACAAUGCAGGAAGAGUUGAAAUCCUUCUGUCACAUCUUCAUCUGGGCCCCCUUAACAGGCCUCUGCCUCCUGACCCUCCAGCUCCUGGUGAUCACCAUCGUGCUGCGUCAACGCAACACUCACCACAACCCCCUCUAG